AUGGCGUCCCGUCACGGUGACGACGAUGGGACGGCGAGUACGAGCCCAAACACGACGAUCGACCACAUCGACAAAACCUCAAGUGACUUCAACAGCGGCGGUAGCAGUGUAUCUGCAGCUGGCAGACCGUCCGCCUUGGAGGAGGAGUUCCAUGAUGCUGUAGAGGCAGCAAAUGGCCCCACAGCUACAAGAGCCGAACCGGUCACGACCUCAUCGAUCACAGCGCCUUCCCGUCCAGCCCUUGAGCAUCCUGGUCGUCCCGCCUCGCCUGUUGCGUCUGCUGCUCCGACAGCUCCGGCUGUUCCUUUUCCCCCCGUGCCUUCUGCUGCUCCUGCCGCCUCGAUGACUUCUACCCUACCUGUUGCUCCUGGUCGUACUGCCCAGCCCAACACAGCUACGCCAGCGGCAGCCGCACCCUCCGAUCCAGCUGUGUCCUCCAGUAUCCCAAUAAGACAGCCGACCACGGAAGCCUACAGGCCACCGUCGCCACCACUCCCUCCCGUUCCUUUCGAGUGGCAGAGUCCGGUGGAGCGGCGGCGCAAUCAAGAGCCCGCUCCGCUGCCGCCUUUUCCUCCUGAAUGGACCUACGCUGCUUCACGCUCCAAUGCAACUCGCUCGCAACAACGACAACCAUCCGCGGCCAGCCAGACACGAACAAGGUCAUCUACAUCUACUGCGAGUAGUUCGGCUGCGCGUCGGACCUCGACCGCUGGUGCUGAGAGCUCCGAGGCACCACUUCCUCCUGCUCCUGCUCCUGCCCCUGCUCCUGCUGCACCGCCUUCACUGCAGCCGACACCACAAGAACAGCGACAGCAGCGCCAACAGCGGCAGGACAUCACUCUGCCCAGGUGGCAGCCUGACGCUGAAGUCACUUACUGUCCCAUUUGCUUCCAGCACUUCAACAUCUUUGUCCGAAAACACCACUGCAGGCCCCCGCCAACACCACAAAUUGCCGAGGAAGACGAGUGCCCAGUGUGCCACAACGAGCUGCCUAAGCGUUCGCUGCCCAACUUUGAAACCCUGCGUGAGGCCCACAUCACCGAGUGCCUUGAAACGCAGAGUCGGUACAUGGGAGGCAGCUCCAGCAGGUCGCCGACGAACGGGGUCACCGACGCGUCAACAAAUUCCACCUCACUACCCGCAAACACUGCAGAGGCUUCUUCGUCGACAGCGUCACCACCCCCGCCGCGGAUGACGGGCAUGUUUCCCUACCGCGCGACGGAGAAGGACUGCGUCGAUGCAGCUGAGUGCACCAUCUGUCUCGAGGACCUGGAAGUGGGCGUGCCAAUGGCCCGGCUCGAAUGCUUCUGCCGCUUCCACGAGCGGUGCAUCCGCGCCUGGUUUAAGAAUCAUCCAGGACGGUGCCCUGUUCACCAACACGACAACUUCGGGUACUGA